UCGCUAUCUAAUCAACCAAGUCCAGAAAAUUACUUGAAUGACAAAGCAUACUCACUGCACGUCAGUACAAGUGAUCUUUGAGUAUUUUAUUUUAUUUUAUUUUGAAAUGAAAUUAGCAACUCUUUCAACACGGCGGAGUAAGAAAUGCAUAACCACAACAAGCCGGGAGUAAUGUGUGAGAAACACACACAGACUCGCGGCAUGCGCGCGUUUUAUUUUGAAGAUAACGUUUGUCACUUCCCGUUCCACUCCACCGUCGCCCUUCGUGCGCGCGCCCGCCCGCCCGCGGUAUUUAGGACUCAGCAGAGAAACAAGCGCCCGACGCCAAAGACGAGAGGAGUUGACGCUCGUGGAUUUUCUAUUUGUGUCGUCACAAGUGAGCGUCAAAUCGACUUAUUUAAAAACAAAAUGGAGCUGCUGCCUGAUGUGUGGAGACGGGACUACUGGCUUCCUCCAGGUGUGACCUGGGAGGACAUGGACAAGCUGGCCCCCUGGGAACGCCCGCUGCCCCGAGACCUCCUCGUAGCAGUGCCCCUGGCUUUGAGCUUCGUCGUCCUGCGUUAUGUGUUUGAGCGGUUCUGCGCCCCGCCCAUUGGCAGACGUUUGGGGGUCAGGAAUAGGUUGCGGGUGACUGCGACCCCCUCCCCUCAGCUGGAGUCGUUUUACAUGAAACAAAGCACGCGGCCAACACAGAGUGACAUAAUCGAUUUAACGUCGCUGUGCGGCAAAACCCAGAGGCAGAUCGAGACCUGGUUCCGACUGCGCCGGCGCCAGGACAAACCGGGUCAAACCAAGAAGUUUGGCGAAGCGGCUUGGAGGUUCUUUUUCUACCUAACAUCCUUUGUGGGAGGGCUGGCCUGUUUAAUCGACACCCCCUGGUUCUGGGACCUCAGGGAAUGCUGGAGGGAGUAUCCAGUUCAGCCCUUGCAAAGACGUCACUACUGGUACUACAUGGUGGAGCUGGGUUUUUACGGCUCCCUGCUACUCCGAAUCUCUGUGGACAUCAAGAGGAAGGAUUUUAGGGAGCAAGUAAUCCACCAUUUGGCCACCGUGUUCCUGCUGAGUUUCUCCUAUUGUGCCAACUACAUUCGCAUUGGCACUUUGGUCAUGCUCCUCCAUGACUCAGCUGAUAUCCUGCUGGAGUCUGCCAAGAUGUUUAACUACGGCUCUGGCUGGAGGAAAGUGUGUGACGUACUAUUUGUGGUUUUUACUGCGGUAUUCUUUUUGACUCGAUUGGUGAUUUUUCCCAGCAAGAUCAUCCACACGACCCUAAUACUAUCCAUGGAGACUUUCCAACCUUUUGCCGGCUACUACUUUUUCAACAUCCUCUUAAUGGUGCUGCAAGGUCUUCACGUCUUUUGGGCUGUAUUAAUAUUAAGGAUGGUCCCGAAAUUCUUGACAGGAAAGAUGGAAAAAGAUGAGCGCAGCGAUGAAGACAGUGAGCUGGAGGAGGAUAAAGAAGACGUUCAAGGGGGAGAAUAUAGUCCAACGCGAUGUCAAGACACCCCAAACUUCAAACUUCCCCCACUGAGUAACAACUGUGUCCUUAAUAAUCUCACCAAGCACAGGGCUUCAAUUGCAGAUAGAAUGCGUAAAGCUCAGUAGAGGUGA